UAGUACUUGUCUCCUCUCUUAUACUUCAUGCAACUUAAACAGCAUCACAUAGAUUUGCACCAGUGACUAGCUGCUAUCGAAGUGCUCCUUGCUGGUCAAAACGAACCCAAUUGGGCAAUGGUUUUCGAAUCAAGAAUUUGCCGCCUUUAUAGAAGUCCUCUUCAUCACCUACAAUUCACACUUCCUUCUCCGAUUUUCAAGUUUCAAAAUAGCCUCUUUUCGACCUCUAUAUCCAACUAUAUUUCCUACACAAACCUCCUUUCACACCUUUCCAAAACUAAGUCUUUAACCCCAGGUUUUCAAAUCCAUGCCCAUUUAACCAAACUUGGAUUAUCUAAUCAUAGUAAAUAUAGGAACCAUUUAGUUAAUUUGUAUUCAAAAUGUGGUAUUUUUCAAUAUGCACAGAAACUGAUUGAUGAAAGUCCUGAACCAGAUUUGGUUUCUUGGUCAUCUUUGAUUUCUGGGUAUUCCCAGAAUGGUUUUGGUAAAGAUGCUAUAUGGGGUUUUUUAAAAAUGCAUUCUUUGGGUCUUAGAUGUAAUGAGUUUACAUUUCCUAGUGUGCUUAAGGCAUGUUCUAUUGAGAAGGAGCUUUUUCUUGGUAAGCAGCUUCAUGGGGUUGUUGUGGUUACAGGAUUCGAUUCUGAUGUUUUCGUUGCGAAUACUUUGGUUGUGAUGUACGCAAAAUGUGGCGAGUUUGUGGAUUCUAGGAUGUUGUUUGAGGAAAUCCCAGAAAGAAAUGUUGUUUCUUGGAAUGCGUUGUUUUCUUGUUACACGCAAAAUGAUUUUUUUAGUGAGGCGAUGUGUAUGUUUCGUGACAUGAUUGGUAGUGGAGUUAGGCCGGAUGAAUAUAGUUUGUCCAAUAUAUUGAAUGCUUGUACUGGGUUAGGAGAUAUUCUUGAAGGAAAGAAAAUACAUGGGUAUUUGGUGAAGCUUGGCUAUGGUUCUGAUCCGUUCUCUUCUAAUGCACUCGUCGACAUGUAUGCAAAAGGGGGAGAUCUUAAGGAUGCCAUUACAGCUUUUGAGGGAAUUGUGGUACCUGACAUUGUUUCAUGGAAUGCUAUUAUUGCUGGUUGUGUUCUUCAUGAAUGCCAAUGGCAAGCUAUAGAUAUGUUGAAUCAGAUGAGAAGGUCAGGAAUUUGGCCAAACAUGUUCACAUUGUCGAGUGCUCUCAAGGCUUGUGCUGCACUAGAGCUCCCUGAGUUGGGUAAAGGGUUGCACUCUCUUUUGAUAAAGAAAGAUAUAAUUUUGGAUCCAUUUGUGAGUGUUGGUCUUAUUGAUAUGUAUUGCAAGUGUAAUUUAACCAAGGAUGCGAGGUUGAUCUAUGAUCUGAUGCCUGGGAAGGACUUAAUUGCAUUGAAUGCUAUGAUCUCUGGUUAUUCGCAGAAUGAGGCAGACGAUGCAUGCCUAGACCUUUUUACUCAGACAUUCACCCAAGGAAUUGGAUUUGAUCAGACAACCUUACUUGCCAUUCUCAACUCUGCUGCGGGCUUGCAGGCUGCCAACGUCUGCAAACAAGUGCAUGGACUCUCUGUGAAGUCGGGAUUUCUGUGUGACACCUUUGUUAUAAACAGUCUUGUUGAUUCUUAUGGAAAAUGUACCCAGUUGGAUGAUGCAGCUAGAAUUUUUUACGAGUGCCCUACUCUGGAUUUGCCAUCUUUUACCUCUCUCAUAACAGCUUAUGCUCUACUUGGUCAAGGUGAAGAAGCUAUGAAACUGUAUCUGAAGUUACAAGACAUGGAUCUCAAGCCAGACUCAUUUGUUUGCAGUUCUCUCCUAAAUGCAUGUGCAAAUUUAUCAGCGUACGAACAGGGGAAACAAAUACAUGCUCAUGUGUUGAAGUUUGGGUUCAUGUCAGAUGUGUUUGCUGGUAACUCUCUAGUUAACAUGUAUGCCAAGUGUGGAAGUAUAGAAGAUGCUAGCUGUGCUUUCCAUGAGGUUCCUAAGAAAGGUAUCGUUUCAUGGUCGGCAAUGAUUGGAGGACUUGCCCAACAUGGACAUGCGAAACAGGCGCUUCAUUUAUUUGGUGAGAUGUUAAAAGAUGAUGUAUCUCCAAAUCACAUAACAUUAGUUAGUGUCCUUUAUGCAUGUAAUCAUGCUGGCUUAGUUGCAGAAGCCAAGAAGUAUUUUGAAACAAUGAAAGACUCGUUUAGGAUCGAACCAACUCAAGAGCAUUAUGCAUGCAUGAUUGAUGUCCUGGGCCGAGCAGGAAAACUAGAUGAUGCUAUUGAGCUCGUAAAUAAGAUGCCUUUUGAAGCUAAUGCAUCUGUCUGGGGUGCACUUCUUGGUGCUGCAAGAAUCCAUAAGAAUGUAGAGGUAGGAAAACAUGCUGCUGAGAUGCUUUUUAGCCUUGAACCAGAGAAAUCUGGCACUCAUGUUCUCCUUGCAAAUAUUUAUGCAUCAGUUGGGUUGUGGGGAGAUGUCGCAAAAGUAAGAAGAUUUAUGAAGAACAGUAGAGUAAAAAAGGAACCUGGUAUGAGUUGGAUUGAAGUGAAAGAUAGUAUUUACACAUUUAUAGUAGGAGACAGAAGCCAUCCGCGAAGUGAUGAUAUAUAUGCCAAACUGGAGGAACUGGGACAGCUAAUGGCUAAAGCUGGUUAUGUUCCUAUGGUAGAUAUUGAUCUCCAUGAUGUAGAGAGGAGACAAAAGGAGAUUCUUCUCUCCUAUCAUAGUGAGAAACUAGCUGUUGCAUUUGGGCUGAUUGUUACACCUCCUGGUGCUCCUAUUAGAGUGAAGAAGAAUCUUCGGAUUUGUUUGGACUGCCAUACAGCAUUCAAGUUCAUUUGUAAAAUUGUCUCAAGGGAGAUCAUUAUUAGAGAUAUUAACCGGUUCCACCAUUUCAAAGAUGGCUCUUGCUCAUGUGGGGAUUACUGGUGAUACUUGAAUGUGUACUAUGCCUACGCAUAUGAUGUCCCUACUUCCUAUUCAUAUGAAUGUAGUUGAAAGACUGGAUACAUGAUACAUCAGAUCAUUUCCUCUGGUGCAUUAACUCUAUUUCAACAAAGUGAGGCAACUCUAAGAGGUCAAUCAAGUUUGAUCAGUGUGGUGACGAUCCUAUAAACAAGAUGAAAACUACAGUAGCAAUUCGAAGUCUUGUUGACUUCCAUGGUCGUUCUCAGUACUGCUACUUACCAAGUAGAAGAACUUCCCAAAGUUGAACAGUGCUAGAUUCCAAGGAUAGCCAGGCUAGUCUCUUUAUGCAGUCCUACACCUUAACCAAAUGGUCAUUUGUUAAUAUGUCAAGAGACUUUGUCUAUUACUGGCUGAGCGUAAUGAUCUGCUUGAUGGUCUCCGUCUGCAUUGGAAUCAUCUAUAUUAAUGCGGGAACCAAUAUACUUCCAUCCAGGCAAGAUGUGCAUUUGCAGCUUUCAUAUUUGGAUUUUUGACAUUCAUGUUGAUUGGAGGUUUCCCUCCAUUCAUGGAGUAUAUGAAAAUUUUUCAAAGGGAAAGGAUGAAUGGGCGUUAUGGUGUCACUGCAUUUGUCAUAAGCAACACGUUAUCUGCAAUGCCUUCCUAAUAUCGAUUGCAUUUCUUUCUGCUACUGUCUGCUACUUCAUGAACUGGUUUUGAUUUGACUCCAUCCAUGGUUGCUGACACCCUGCUAUCAGAGCUUUCAAAAUAUAGUGUUCCAAUAGUCAGAUGCACUAAAGCUAAUGCUGAUUCGCAGAGUCACUCUUCUUCAAUUAUAGACCACAACAAAGAUGGCGGUAAGACUUGAAUUGGCCUAAUUUGAAGUUUUUAAUUGAAUGCCAAGUUUUGAGACAUCAUAGUUACCAUUAUGGCAAAAAGAAUGACAUCUCUCUUUAUCUCAUAAAAAUACUUCGAACUUCUCAUUUAUCCUUAAUGAGAUGAUUUAAAGCCACAAAAAUUUUAAUGGCUUGGCUUGUUUUAGACCACAAGUUCAAUAAAUCUUUCUUUUUCUCUUAAAUUUUGUGCCUAGUCAAACACCUUCAUAUAAAUUGGAACGGAGGGGAUAGUAUUUAUCUAAUCAUUUAGUUCCUUCUGUCAUUAGUUAACAUUAUCGGUCACUUCAGUUUCCUGACUUAUAUUCUUCAUUUGAUGAUCUCUGUUAUUAGUUUACAUUAAUUGCUGUCAUCAUCAUUCAUCUCCAGAAGCUUUAUCUGUGCUGUUCUGCGAUCAUUCCUUUAGCAUAGCCGCUAACCGAAACCUCAGACUCUCUGAUAUCCCAGGUUCUGUUUGUUUUAGUCAUAUUGUCAAGCAUGUCACUGGCCUUAGUGAAAGUGUGAGGCAUCAUAGAACCUCCAACAAUAUUAUAUGUCAUAGCUUUGUUCAUAAGUUCAAUGACCUCUAGGACACCUCCAAAAGGACAUCAUCUGGCAACCUAUGAUUUGGACAUCACUUCAGCUUCUUCUUGAACCGAAGCCAAGUUUCAUGCAAGGCUUCCCCUGAUAGCUCUGUUCGUAGAGUUCAAUGUUUCUGCCUAAUUGUAUCUAUGUGGAUAAUAGGUGGACCAACAUAUAUUUGCUAUAAAACAUCAAAAUAUAGCUAUAUUGUGUACAAUAACAACAAUAGCAUACUUAGUGUAAUUUCACGUGUGGGAUCUGGGGAGAAUAGGAUGUAAGCAAACCUUACCCAUACCUUUGUGGGUAGAGAGGUUA